UACCCUACUUGGAUAAUUCGUGCAGUCAUGCUUCUUGCUCUUGAAGGAAGCCCCCACAAAUGGCCUCGUGUAGCUCAACCAUCACAUAUUAAGCUUGCUUUUACCCUAGGCUUUUUAACAAAGGAGAGGUGCAAGUUUCCGAUACUUAAGUAUGAUGAAUGA